GACCUUCGACUGUCUACUAAUUGGUAAACACGAUGAUCCGGUGCGAACGCCGUGCAGUGUCAACGUGUUCGGCUGUAUGCAGUGUUGACGUUCACGUUUCUCUAAACUUGCCGAGCACCUUGAAGGCUCGUUACUUGUACUUCCACUGGGCACCGUCUCCCUUACUCUCAUAUCCGUGUUCAUCAUGUCUCUCAUCUUCACGAUUUUCGCGCUCGUCUUUCUCACUGAGCUCAUCUCAUGGAUCGGCAAAUCUGUCCUCCUUGAAUUCGCAUGGGAUCUCUAUAGCAGAAUCUUCAUGAAUGCAUCAUACGCCCGACAACGUCAGCUGAAAGCCGAGCUCCUCACGGGGAAGAAAGAGCUGCUGCAAACGAGCGCGCAAGACCAAUUUGCCAAGUGGGCGAAGCUAAGGAGGACUGUUGACAAAGGGCUAGCAGAGCUCGAGAAGCUCAAUGGGGAGCUUACGUCCAGCAAGACUGGAUUCUCAGUCAAGUUCAACACACUGGUGUGGGUCUUUACGACGGGACUGUCAUUCUUCGUUGGCUGGUGGUAUCGAAAGGCUGCUGUAUUCUACUUGCCUCCUGGUUGGCUUGGUCCACUCGCCUGGUGGAUGGCGUUUCCUUUCGCACCUAAAGGCUCCGUGAGCGUUGGGGUGUGGCAAAUGGCCUGCCGGAGAGUCAUCAAAGUCGGGGAACGCACGGUGAAAAAUAUGAUUGCGCCUUCGGAACCAGUCGCCGUAGAAAUGGAAACCAGCUCCAAGAGCUCGUGAUAAGGAGUAACUAGUGGCGGAGCCCCGCAAGAGAUCCAAUACUUUCUUAUGGUUAUCUGUAGGCUUUGUGUGUCGCGGAACGACGGUCUGUUCAAUUCCAGUGUCCCGUAAAUUGCUGUUGUCAGAAAUAAACACAUGCCUCAGAAUGACGUCGGCUCGGAAGGACCAG